UACCGCGAGGCAAAAAUGCGAGUCACACUCGUGAGCGAGACAUCGUAUCACUACUACUACUACUACUACUCGCAGCAGCGCCUCAUCAUCUGUCACCAUGACUGGCCGCGGCAAGGAGGCAAGGGACUUGGAAAGGGAGGAGCCAAGCGUCACCGUAAGGUUUUGCGUGACAACAUCCAGGGCAUCACCAAGCCCGCUAUCCGUCGGUUGGCUCGCCGAGGCGGCGUCAAGCGCAUCUCCGGUCUCAUCUACGAGGAGACUCGUGGGGUGCUAAAGGUGUUCCUCGAGAACGUCAUCAGGGAUGCCGUCACCUACACCGAGCACGCCAAGCGCAAGACCGUCACUGCCAUGGACGUCGUCUACGCCCUCAAGCGUCAGGGACGUACCCUCUACGGAUUUGGCGGUUAAAUCUGGUGUCUGGAAUUUGGUGUCAACAACAGCAACUGCAAAAGCACCA